CCUGGAGCCAUGUUCGUCAGUUACCUGCAGCUGGAGAAGGAGCCCCCCAUGUACCCGCACCAGAACCCGGGCCCCCGGGCCCCGGGGCUCGGCCUCGGCCCGCAGAGCUUCCCGGGGUCCGGCCCGCCGCAGUACUCGGACUUCGGGUACCACCACCACCACCACCCGGGCCUGAGCACCGACCCGGGGCAGCAGGCCGGGCCGGGAGGGGGGGGCUGGAGCCCGGCCUACCCCCCCGCUCCCCCGGCCCCCCGGGACGACUGGGCCACGCACCACUACGGACACCCGGCCGCCGGGGGGGGUCCCGGCUCGUCCUCGGGGCCCGGGGCGGCGGGGGUCCCCCUGGUGUUCAGCCCCCCGGAGUUCCCCGGGCAGCCCGCGGCCCUGCUGCCCGGACCCGGACCCCUGUCCCCCGGGUCCCCGCUGAGGAGGAACCCGUUCGACUGGAUCCGCCGCUCGUCCGCUCCGCCCGCCAACACAAACGGAAAGACUCGGACCAAAGACAAGUACCGCGUGGUCUACACCGACCACCAGCGCCUGGAGCUGGAGAAGGAGUUCCACUACAGCAGAUACAUCACCAUCAGGAGGAAGGCGGAGCUCGCCACGGCGCUCAGCCUCUCCGAGAGACAGGUGAAGAUCUGGUUCCAGAAUCGUCGGGCGAAGGAACGUAAGAUCAACAAGAAGAAGCUGCAGCAGCCCGCCUCCUCCACGACCACGCCCACCCCUCCCAACGGGAGCAAUGGCAGCGGAGGAGGAGGGGGGGGCGGUCUCCAUAGAAACGGAGGCAGCAGCGUCCCCAUGGUGACGAGCAGCAGCGGCAUGGUGUCGCCCUCGUCGCUGCCUCUGAACAUCAAAGAGGAGUACUGA